AUGAGCACUCGACAAGAGUAUGGGCAGCAGUCUCACGAAACAGCCUUACAGACUACGACGACGGGCCGAGUCUAUCCUGCGCCGUCUGCAGGCAGUAGCGGACAGGAUGAGGAUGGCCAUAUACUUGUACAUUUUAACGGCCACUUCAACGGUCAAUUCAACGGCGCAUUUGUACUUCCCAACAACAUGCAGCAACAAGCGCCCGCCGAAAGCGACGCACAGAUAGCCGCACGGAGAGCCAUGGCGAAACGCAACUCUCGCUCAUUCGCUGCGAGAAUAACACGGAAUCGAUCACGGAAGAUGGAGUUCGCUCGAACGGCGAAACCCGGUAUCACAGUCGACACCAGCUUCGCACGACACCGAGGCAAUGUACCGCAUCAGGUAUAUCCACAGGAUAACGAGAGGCGAAGCGGUGGGUCGAUCAGGAAGCAGGGCUGGUUUGGCCUGGGGAGAUCCGACACGAAGAACAAGGGCCUAGGAAUAGUAAAGGGAAUGACACCACAACCUGGACGUUCUUCGGAGGACCGGGAAAGGUCAAAUAAAGAACCGAAAACGGCAGACUCCCUGACUGCAGGAAGUAAAUCCUGGCAAGAGAUUUCGCCGUGGGACCGACCUAUUCCCAUUGGCAUCACAGUACCUUCGGACAGUGUCACCGACUUCAGCCCGUAUCAAGCAGCACGAGCGCGAUCAGACAGCGAUGCCACCCUUGCUACCCCAAACAUCAUCGUCACUCCAGCUGCAGCUAUGAAAUCUGUGUGGUCACCCGAUACCGCGUCAGACUACACGGCGUCCAGUGCAUACUCACGAGCCACUCACAUGCCGCCAUGGGCUUCAGAUGUACCGCCCGUCCCGACACUUCCUGCCGAUGUACACAAUAUGCAUGUGCAGAAAGCCGGCAUCGAAGUACAGCGGGACUGGAAUUUCAAUUACCCUAACCGGGCAAGGGGUGACACGCUGGAAUCCAGUGACACGGCGUUCGAGGAAGAGCAGGACGACAUCCGAAAAGACCGCAUCAUGUCGACAGGAACAGUAUUUGAGGAAGACGAUACGCCAUUGCACGAGAAGAAGCUGAAGACUCUGUCUGUUGACACAUCGAUGGUUCCUACGCCACGGAGGUCUCAAGGCUGGUGGAAUGUCAUCACAACACCCUUUGUCAUGUCGCGCACGAACUCUGUAUGGACCCAGGGCGGACGAAACGGCGAGAAAACACCCGACAUACCCAUGGUGCCGGCCGGAUUUGGGACUUACCGGAACUCGCCUUCACCAUCUACAUACAUCUGGUCCGCAACCGACAGGAGCCCUUCUGCUCUCGGCGAGUCUCCCAUGUAUCCAGCUCAAGCGAAGUUCCUAGCCCCGACCACAGCGGAAUCGGCCUCUCCGCCAGUCGGCACCAUCGCAAACGCAGGACUGGCAGUUGGACUGUCACCUCAUCCUCAACAGCCACAGCCACAGCCACAACUACAGCCAAUCAAUGUAAAUAUUGCAUUCCAUGACGGACGAGUGUUGGCCAACAGUCACUCUCACCCUUCCGGCACGUCUGCGCAGACCCAGCCAGGACAUGUCAUCGUGGCACCGCUGCCUGCGUACGCCAACAGCACUACAUCAAGAAGCAAUACACCUCCCCAAGCCGCUCCAUUCUUCUUUCCGCCGCCGCCAAAUGCUUCCUCCAAAGAUAAGCAGUUCAGCUUUGGAAACUUCAGCAGAGCCAGUAGCCCAGGAAACUCGGUGCACGAAGCUAAGCAACGGCAGGCAAAGCAGCAUCGCAAGAUGAAUAAGUUCUUGUCAAAGCUUGCACUUUGCGGCCGCAAAAAGGACGAUAAGAAAAAUGAAAAGAAAAAGAAACGGUCACGCCGGUGUAUGGUUUGCUGCUGCUGCCUGAUCCUUUUGAUCUUGCUUGCUGUCCUCAUUCCAAUAAUCGUCAUCUUCACGAGGAAACACAACAACUCUACCACUCCUAUCGCAGGGACCCCAGACACAAACUCGGACGGCCCAUCCCAAUGGCUCAACAACACUGGCUAUCCACCUAUGAAGACCGGGCUUCUAACGAUCGCACAGCCUGAAGCCGUGGAGGAGCAGAGCGGCUGCGUCGCCCCGACCACACUGUGGAGCUGUGCGCUUCCUAAGGAGCAGCAAAAAGACAUUCAACCUAACAAGCCCGACCAGCCCAACUUCAAAGUCGAGAUCACCUUCCAGAACGGCACAGCGGCAGACCUAUCGAAACCCACCCGCCGAGCAGCAAAUCCCGUCUCAGCAGGCGCGUUCAUGCGUUCCCUUCUCCGCCGCGCCACGCCCUCUCCGUCUCCCGCUCCUCCGUCUACUGAUGACAUGAAAUUUCUCGGCCAAACCACCGACGGGGUCUCUGCCCCCUUCGAAGGCGAAACCACACCUUUCUUCAUGACGUUCCAGGACCCAUCCGCCUCUACUUCUUCUUCUGCACCCCGUUCUGCCAAGCGCGCCGACGACCCCACGAACAUCACCCUCGUCAUCCCCCCUCCCUCCCUAAACUCCGACGGCACCGCAGCAGCCGCAAACUUGCUCCCCCUCCCAUCCGCACAACCCCUUCGCCUCUUCAACCGCGGCAAGUCAGACGAACACUACGGCUUCUACACGUACUUCGACCGCUCAAUCUUCCUGAAAGACAUCAGCUCCUCUACAGGCCGGGGCGGCAACCCCGCAGACACGAACGGCGGUUCUACGCGCGAUGCAGCGACGCUACGCUGCACCUUCACGCAGACACGCUUCCUGGUGCAAAUCUGGACGCGAUCGAACCAGCCACUCCUGAACCCUCCGCAGAAUACGACUGACAACGCGUUCAAGCGGCCUGGCACAUUCCCGUACCCCGUAACCUUCACGCUGGACCGGCACGGCGGGGAUGUCACCAAGAAGAACCUCUUCUGCUACAAGAUGGAAAAGGACGGUACGAUUGUGAACAAGGAUGCGAAUAAGUUUUUCCAGUUUGAGGAUCGCGGGUUUGGUGGGAAUCUGGUUAACGGGACGCAGGGGAGGCCGAAUGCGAAGGGGCCUAUUGAUGGAGGGUCGGGCGGAUGUGGGUGUAAGUGGCAGAAUUGGGUGGAUUGA